UUCCGAGCCGGUGGGAUGCGCAAGAUAGUCCCUUAUCUCGCCCGGAGUUCCAGUGAAUUCAACCCAGCGAGAGGCCACCACGGCGCAAGCAACCGAAGGCGUAUCAUCUUAACAAUACCAACAGGAUUUUAUAAGAGGAAAUGUGUCAUCAACAUCUCCCGAGACACUGGAUCCGAUGCCGCUGAGCAGACACUGGGCAUCCUUCAAGUGACGGCGGUUGACAGGCUCUGCACACGCAGAAUGUCCGCGAUGAGGCCGUUAGUGAGACAAGUGACAGACAUAAGUCAUAUCAUCUGGCUGAUAUUCCUAAUCACAGCCACGACUCCUGGAACACACGCGACAUCAGAUGCAACCACACCCGGAAUAACAGAAGCCAAUACGGAUGCUGCAACAAAUGAAACAACUGCAACAGUUCUUGCAGUGCAUAACACAUCUAGCACAACCAUUCCGAAUACAACACAAAGCUCUCUGGACGCAGUGACGUUCCCUGAAACAGCGAUGCCAACUGCGCCACCAGUCAGAGAUUAUCGCGACGCCACGAACACAAGUCCCCCAGCUGAGAUAACCUCUGCAGAAGAACAGGCGAAUUUAAGGGUGUACAGCCCACAGAUACUGGGCUUUACCGCUGCUUGUGUCAUCUUAACUGGGAUUGUGGGAGCUGUCGGGAACCUGCUGGCCGCCUUGAGUCUCCUGAACAGCCGGCAGCUCCGCCAGAGUCCCUCCACAGCUUUCAUGGUUAACCUUCCGGCCUGCCUGCUCCCCGUGUGCGUCGUGGGGCUGCCCAUGUUCGCCGCGGGUUGCAUCCAGAUCCAGUGGUAUGGAAGAGUCCUCAUGCCGGAAUGGGUGUGCAUCUUCGGCUUCGCUCUCGGCCUCACCUUCAGCCAGGUCCACCUCCAUACCCUCUGCGCCAUCGCCUUCAACAGAUUGGUGGCAGUGGUUUGGCCGGCAAAGUACAAGCAACUGAUGCAAGCAAAAGUUGUGAAAGUAUACCUGGGACUGCUAUGGAUUUACUCCGCCCUGCUGUGGCUGCCUCUCACCUUCGGGGGCAGAUUGGUCUAUGUCCCCAAAGAGCUGAUGGUUUCCAUGAAGGACGACUCUCCUCGCAAGACCGGGAAAGCCUUCCACGUGUUCCUGACUUACCUUCUACCCAUCAUGUUGACGAGCGUGUGUUACAUCGUCAUGUAUUUUAAGGUUCGCCAAACCCGCAGACGGCGUCCGGGCGCGCGCACGAAGGCCGGCGACGAAGCCAGCCUCAGCGACGGGACGAACGUGAUGCGCCAGUGGGACGACCAUGUCACCCGCACCAUCCUGGUACUCUUCGUGCUCCUGCUGGUGUGCAGCGUGCCCCACCUGGUGAUCCACGUGCUCCACCUCCACGCGAAGCACCCUCAGACCUGGCUCCUCCUCCAUGUCGUGUUCUGGCUGCAGUUCUGCCUUGAUCCGAUCAUCUACGUCCUCAUGAGCCAGCAUUACCGCUUGGCUUGUCUCGAGUACUUGCAGAAGGUCUUCCCUAGGAUGAACACCCUCCGCAUCAGUAGUGGAAGCGACAGGGACAAUCCCAAGACAGAUAAUUCCAACCAAUUUCUUCAAGGGACGAAGUAUGAGGUGAGACACUCGCAGCGGCCAGACUUCGGCGAGGACUCCAAGAACCCCAUGCUCAUGCCGGUGUAGGCUGCCUCUAAUAGUUUUUUUUUUACCCUUGGAAAUGUAUAGUCCUUUUUCCGUAAAGUACAAAAUGGUGGUGUUUGAAUCUAAAGAGACUGAUAUAUCUAAUUAGAUCUGGCAUUCUGUAUCUACCGGAAUUGGUUUUCUUCUGGUGUUGGUAUUUCUUUGUACAAGUACAAAUAUGUGUCGAUAUCACGCAGAUUGUUGAUAUCACAAAUUGCUUAUUAAGUGUACCUCUUUUAUAUAUGUAUAUAGCAUUGAUGUUCUUUUGGACUUAAACUAGGUAAUACUUCAACUAGUCUACUUGGAGUGAUAGUUUUAUAAGGUUGCAGGGAUGAUUAUGAUAGGGCAUGUGAUGUUGUUCCUGCCUUUUAUAUGUAGAUGAGUCACAUACACAGUGUGUGCCUUUAAGAAUAACGAUAAUCAGUAUUAUGAUGUGAUAUUAAUGACCGGCAUGUGUUUCCAGAGACUUGCCACACGACAUGGUCUAUGAACUUGCUCGCCGUUGUUGUAAUUCGAGUUCUAAGCACAUACUUAACUGAAAGAUAGAAAAAAGAGAGAACAUGGAUGUCGAGUAGUUCGUCCCCGGAAAGGCAUGCGCUUAGCUAGUCAUUGAGGACAUGACUGCCAUAGGGCAAUAGAAUUCGUGUGUCCUCUAGUGUAACCCGAUUCUCAGAUAGAACACAAAGGCACACCUUUCUGUCAGGAAUGAUAAAUGUUAGGGUCACACAGAACAGUAGUUCCCAACCACAGGAGGGGCGCAGAGACUCAUAUUCACUGUCUUGGUUUACUUGAGGUAGCGCGCGAGUGCACAUAUGCAUUUAGCUUGUACUAUGUGACGAAGCUUUGGGUGAGAUUUUUGCAACUUCUGAAUAAUGGAAUGUUUCAUGUGCCGAUAAGAAUUUACAAUUUGCCAGCAUGGGCGGCGCGCUGAGAAAAGGUUGGGAACUGUUGAUAUCAAAUAAUAAUCAGUAUUUGUUGUAGUUCAGUAAAAUCAGUGCUUUUGUUAGUUCUAUCCCAUCUCACUGCGUUUAAGAAUGGUAUAAAAUAAUAUCAAUUAUAAUCCUAUAAUAGCCAUUUAACGAUGUACCUAAUAUGCAGUGUCUGAUAUUUUGUAGUUUUAGGCUUGUACUGUGCCUAAGUAGCCACGUAGGGAUAUUACAUAUAUUUAUUAUCAUGAUAAUGAUAUUGUGGUGUUACCAUGCUCAAUCAUACCAUUAUAUAAUUUCUCUUGGAUUCUGUCAUUGGCGAAUAUGUAACUGAUUGCCAUGACUGAUUUUUUCCUGCCCAAUCCUCCCACGGCUGAGCUUUAUCAAAACAAUUUUACGUUGAAGAUAAAGAUUCCUUUUUGUGAGCUAAGGUUGGUACGAGUCAUGGAUGGUGCAAGAGAAGGCAUUAAGGUCAAGAAAUUGUUCAUUUCUUAUGAUAAUUAGCAUGAUUUGGUAUGAAACAUUUACUAGAAUAAAUGCUCCCUUAUAAA